AUGCCUCAGCAACACAGGGUCCUUAAUGGAUCAACUGGACCUGGCCAGCAGCUCCAGCAAGAUCCUUCCAUUCUUAGACAAAAAGCACCACAAUACUUUCAAAGCUUACGCACGUUAUCAGUGCGCGACAUUGCUCAUAAUCUUUCCGCAUCUUCAAUUUCUUCUUUUUCUUCUAUUGAUUCCCCAAUAAAAGCCAUUGCCUGGAACGCAGUUGGUACACGUGUAGCUUGUGCCCAUGCAGACCGAUCAAUAUCAAUCUGGCCCGUGGCUGAUGCGACUGGAAACAUGGGCGGCGGGUCCGCAAGUGACCAAAAAUCGUCGCGGGCGUCAAGUGCUUCUAAUGCGGAUCUUUCAAUGACGGUGGUACUGCGAAGCGCACACGAUAGAUCAAUAGAGGGCAUAUCCUGGGACCCCCUCCACCCAAACAGACUUGCUUCAUGCAGUGCUGAUGGAGCUGUGCGCAUUUGGGACACUGCUCCUCAUUUGACAAACCCUCUUAGCUUCCCCUCUUCUUCACAAAUGGCCGGGUCUCGUGUUCGCACCAUCACCAAUGCCGUAUCUUCUCCUGCCCUCCUAGCAACUACAUCCACUGAUAUUGACAACUAUGUGGUCAAAUAUUCACCUUGUGGUCAAUUCCUAGGAAUUGGUACUCGCUCCGACCAAGUUAUCAUUUAUCGUGUUUUAAAAGAAUACAAGAUUGUUCCAGUUUCACAGUCACAAGAGAACCAGAACCACAAUGGCAGAAGAUCUAAAAAUAGCAAUCAAAAUACCAGAAACGCAAACCAGACAAAUAAUAAACCAAGAUUAGUGAUAUCUUUAGUUAAACUUUGCUCUCACACGGAACAUGACGAGAUUUAUGAUUUGUGCUGGUCAAAUACAUCAAACAUCUUUGCCUUAUCUCUAGGCAAUGGCAACAUUCGCAUUUUCCUUUUUGACUUUAAGGAAGUUUCAGAAUUGCAAAAGGUUGCUGAAGUCAACUCUAUAGAUCAGACAGCUACAGAAGAUGUUGCAAUGCUUGAUGUAUCAACAGAUAAAGAGGGUGCUACCUCUAGCGAUUCAAAAAUAGAAGCAUCCCUUCAAGUGAUCCAUACCCUGCGAGGCCAUCGUACUGCUGCAAGUUGUGUGGCUUUUGAUCCCAAGGGUUGCUACAUAGCUGUCGGCUCAAAUGAAGGAAUUGUUAGUUUAUGGGAUAUUUCUUCCUCCGACUUUAUUUGUUUCCGUACAUUUAACAAACCAGACCAUGCAAUUAGCUCCUUAUCUAUUUCCCACGACGGAGUAUACAUAGCAAUUGGUGUGGAGGGCGCAUCAGGAAAUACCAGUGGUAGUGUACAAACUUCAGGUCCUGGCAGCAGCAGCAGCAAUAUGCAAAAUAUAGGCGAUAUGCCUGUCAUAAUAGGCUGUGUUGAAUCAGGCGAAUAUGUACACUCGAUAGAUUAUCCUCAUUUCUUUUUUGCAAGUGGCUCCAGUAUUAGCACUCAUGGCUCUAGUAACAACUUGACUGGAUUAGGGGGAGGUCCGGAUGCUUUAAAUUACUCAGGCAGUCUACCACACAGUGGAGGAGGCACUCCUAAUAUUAAUGGGAUUCCCCGAAGUGAUACAAUUGAUUACGGCGGCGAUCAUCCUUAUCCUAGCAACAGCUCAAACAGCCACACAAACCAUAAUCUUCAAAUUGCUCGUUCUAAAGGAGCCCGACCUCUUGUCAUGUGGCAUCCUUUGAAAUAUUAUCUUUUGUACUCAGCAGACAUGUCUUAUAGCUCUGGAAGUGGAGGAAGUGGAGGAUCUGGGCAGCCUGAGCGUGGUGGCUCUCUCCCAUUAAUGAUCUUAGGCCGAUUUUAA